AUGAAGAGGUACAAGAGGAGGAAACAAUUCAAUAUUAUUCCAACUCUCCUCAAGUACUUGGUGGGAGUUUUACUUCUUGGGCUGUUCCUCUCUAGCCCCCUCUGGCUCCCCAAGUUGAGCUCAUCUCUCAACCUCUUCGUCGUCGUCGUCCUCCCGAACGUAGCCGCAAGUCUCUUCGGGCCGAAGUGCUUAUUCGUCGUGUGCAACCUCAUCGUCGUGUUCCUCGUGAGCGAGUCGAGGCUGUCGGGAACUUAUUCGAUGCCCGACAUGUACGAAGAGUUCGUGAGGAGGACCGCGGUUGGAUCGAGGACUUCUUCGAAUUCGACGACAGUUGCGGACAAGAGGGGGAGUGCUUUCAUGCAAAUUGGUUUGGUUGGAGGUGUGGAGGAGGGAGAAGGGAAAGGUGGUGGAGAAGUUGAAGGGGUGGAGGGAGGGUGUUGCUGGGAAAUGGAGGAAGAGGAUGAUGAGGACUUGGUUCAUGAGUGGAAUAGGAGAUUUGAGGACUUCAUUGCAAGAGUUAGGAAGCAAAGGAGGCUUGAAGCUAAGAGAAUGCCACUUUGUUACUGUUAUGGGUGAGUGGGCAAUUAAUUAAUGCAUGAUACAUGCAUAUAUACCAACUUCAGUAAGAGCAAAUUUAGAUUUACUUCAUGGCUAUCUUAAUUAGUGUGUAACUAGAAAAGGAUAAAACAAGGCCAAAAAAAAAAAA